UAUCGGAUCAUGUCCUUCUCUUUACAGCAUGCAAGCCACGGAGGAACCCAAGGCACAGGACCUGGAUACCCUGAUAGACACAAUCCAGAUGCACCUGAAAGACCAUUCCUGCAAAGAUAACCUCCGUGAAACAUUUCAAAUAUACGACAAGGAGGAGUCAGGAUUUGUGGACAAAGAGGUGUUCUUUAAAGUCUGUGACACUCUUAAUAUCCCAGUCGAUGACUCCUUGAUUAAGGAGUUAAUCAGGAUGUGUACCCACGGAGAAGGCAAGAUUAACUACUAUAACUUUAUUCGCGCUUUCUCAAACUGAGCUGAACGAGAGAGUGUGAUAUGAAUUGUUGACACUGAACGGACAUGGAGAGAUCUACUUUGUAUCUACUGGGCGAGCAUUUGCAUCGCUCCUGAACUUGUACUUCUUCUUUGGCUCUUCUAUUUCACUCUUACUAAAGUCUAAAGUAAAUUGAUUUUCAAAGAA